AAUUAAAGAGACAUUUUGAUGUAAUUGUCGAUAAAAUUAAUUUCAAAGUGGACGAGCUAGAUCGUGAAUUGAAGAGGGUGCGUUUUGCUGCGGAUGCAUGGUACAGUGCAAUAGAUAUUCUUGCAAAAAUUGAAAAGGUUAAAUUUGUGCAAGAAAGAGGUGUUGGAAUUCAGUUUCCGCUUGAUCUGUCCAGAAGUCUAAAAGCAAAGUCACCUGGAAAGUUUUACAACCGCCUAACAUGGACAUUAACGAAAAACCAAAAGAAGAAAAAUGACACACAUUUUUCACCAUUGCUGGAUACUCGAAAACCAGAUUUUGUAUUCAUUCCGAGCGAUUCUCCUUUGGAUCCGUUAAGUGUUGUAGCCGUCGAUGAGGUCAAAAAGCGAGUUAAUGGAAGCUCUAGCAAUGCAGAUAUAGGACAUGCAAUAUAA